AUGUCUGUUGAAGUUAAGUCCACUCACUCAGCAAAUCCAAAUAACUCCGAUGAAGCCAAGCUAGCGGGCUUUGGCUAUAAACAAGAGUUCAGCAGGAACUAUGACUUCUUUUCAUCAUUUUCGUUUGCCUUUUCAAUUUCAGGUUUAUUGGGUACAAUGUCCGUCACAUUGGUGUAUCCGAUUUGGUCUGGCGGCCCCGCAGGGAUUGUUUGGUGCUGGUUUGUCGGAUGUAUUGGCUGCCUGUGCAUCGGCUGGUCCGUUGCUGAGAUCACCUCGUGUUUUCCAACUUCAGGUGGGAUGUAUUAUGUGAUUUCUCAUUUGGUUCCAAAAGAACACGUUCCCUUGCUCUGCUGGAUUAACGGAUGGUUAUAUAUAAUAGGUGCAAUUACAGGUCCAGCUGCUGGUGACUUUGGUGCCGCAACUUUGCUAUUAGAGUGCAUUUCUUUACGAAGUGGAUACACAUACAUUCCUACAAAUGGACAUGUGACUGCAGUUACAAUUUUAAUUUUGAUCUCACAAGCACUUAUGAACUCGAUUCCUAGCAAUAUUUUGGCCAAAAUCACAAAAUAUUACUGUGUUGUCAAUAUCGGAACAACCAUUGCCUUAAUUGUGACCUUAUUGGUAAAAUGUCCCAAAAUAAACUCGGGAAGCUACACAUUUGGGACAGUUAUCAACUCUACUGGAUGGAAAGCCGAUGGGUGGGCCUUUUUGUUUGGAUUUUUACAAGUUUCUUGGGUUAUGACAUGUUACGAUGCAACUUCGAGAAUAUCCGAGGAGGCAUAUAAUGCUGCCUACUAUGUUCCACUUGCAAUUGGAUCUGCAUUGGUAGCAAAUGCAAUUCUAGGAUGGGCCCUAGUAAUUGUACUUGUUCUAUGCAUGGGCCCAGAUAUCAGUAUGAUCUUAGAAUCCCCAUCAAAUCAACCACUUGUUGCUAUCUUUGACUAUGCAAUGGGAAAGGCUGCCUCUACUGCCUUUAUCUCACUAACAUUUGCAAUUCUUUGGUUUACAGGGUCAGCUGCUUUCUGCUACAUAUCUAGGUCACUCUGGUCAUUUUCCAGAGAUGGUUUGUUUCCUUUUUCCAAAUUCUGGUAUAAGUUAGACUCGAAAACUGGCCAGCCCUUAAGAUGUGUUUGGCUACUCUGUUUUAUUGAUGCAUGCUUGGCAUUGAUCAACCUAGGCUCUAACAUUGCAAUGAACGCAAUUUUUUCUGCAAACGCAAUUUGCACAGAUUGGUCAUACGUUAUGGUUAUUUUUAUUUUCCUUCUUCGAAAGGAAAAGGCAGGCAUAAACAUGGGGCCAUUCAACAUGGGGCGGUUUUCAAAACCAAUAAUGGCUUUUGCGUGUAUUUGGACGUUGUUCGUCUCAAUUGUUUUUAUUUUCCCAAACUAUAUGCCGGUGAAUAAGGAAAAUAUGAACUACACGGUUUUGAUCAUCGGCUUCAGUUUCAUCUUUUCCGGAACUUGGUACGUUUUGGAUGCCAAAAAUUGGUACCAAGGCCCUAAAGGUAAUCUCGAAGAUGAAGAUGAAGAUGAUACUGUCAGCGAUUCUUCUGCUGUAGAGGGUAUCGAAAUGACAAGUAGUUUUGAGCCUGAAGUCAGUAAUCGUAAGAAGGAACCGCAUGCCACGAUUGUCGUGAAAAAUGUGAAUUUCUAG